UUAAUCUUAUGAUUUAGUCAAUGAAGAAAGAAUUUUUAGAUGAUGCUUUCAAGCCACUCCACCAUCGGCCUGAUCGAAUGGCGAAUAAUAGUGCCAAAAGAAAGGGUACUACUCAACCUUAUUCCAAUUAUCAAUCUAAUCAUGAGAGGUUGCAGUAUCCAUGGAAGGAGGAGAAGUUUCAAUCCAUUUCUUCUAAACCUAAGCAUAAGGAUGAGUCAUCUAUGGCGGAGUCAUGUGAGCGUAUAGUGGAGACCUUUCUAGCACCAUACAUUGAUCAACAUAGACGAAUGAAGGUUUCAAAGAGCUGCCAUCAAGAUGAAAUUCCUAUGGAGAAAUCUGUUGAGUUCAUUGUUCAUAAAGGAGAAUCUUAUUUUGUACCACUAUUGGUUAAGAAGGUUGAUGUGGAAGAGAAUCCAAACAUCAAGCAUGAUGGGAAAGUACUUGAAGUUCAGUCUACAUUAGCUAGUAAUCAAGGGCUAGUUGGAGAGAAGAGUGGGAUUCGAGAUAGCAGUGUGAUCCAUGAGGUAAAAUUUGAGGGUAAGAAAGAGGUAAAACUCGAGGAAAGCGUGAAAGAAAAAAGGAGCGAAGAUUCAAGUGAGUCGAGUGAGAUACAUGAGAAAGAAAGUAAGUUGAAUUUGUGUGUUAAAACAAGUGGGUGUGAGUUAACUUUGAGAGUUGAGCAAAGAGUGUUUGUUCUUAUGACUAACCAUCCUUAUUUUGUUUUGCCAAGUAUAUUUGUUGAUUUUGGGCAAGUGAGUAGAUUACUUGACAUGCUGAAUUGUGGAGUUGUGCAUCCAUGCUGUCCAUUUAUAGAGAGUUGCAACACAUUUGCUAUCCUACCUACUCAAGGCUUGGAAGUUAUGUCCAUUGAAAGAUGUUCGAUAAUUAAAGGACUAGCGAACGUAAUGCAAAGUGGAUUUAGUUUCGUGAUGUGA